AGUCAAUGUCAUUUCACACUGUUUGUUAAAGGUUUAGUGUAGAUUGUGGAUGGAGAUUGCCAAAUAGGGUCAAUGAGAGAGAGGGGGAGCGCACUGGGGUAAUCAAAAUAGAGAGCGUAUGUUUUGGAUUCUCAACUGAAGUAAAUGGGCAAUUGAUGUGGAGGGUCUGCCUGUAAUUGUGAUGCAGAAAAGCUAGAGAGAGAAACAGAGAGAGAGAGAGAUUGAUUGGAGCUCUUUUAGGUUUUUCUUUUAAUUGGGUUUGGAUGCAAGUCAAGGGCUUUGUUCAACUCUCUGUCUUGUUGCUCUCUGGAGCCAUUCCUCUACUACAUUUGCUUCGAUCUAGGGUUUCUUUGAUCUUGUUGAGCUAGUCAUUCUUUCUGGUAUUCCUCUCAAAUCUAUUACAAGCUUUGAUGCAUCUUUCGCUAUGGAAGCCAAUAUCUCUCUGUGCUGCUCUGAUCAUGGAUAAAAAGAGCAGAAAAAAGGAUAACUCUGAACAUUCAACAGAGGACAACAAGAGAAACUCAUCUGUUCUCAGAAAAUUGCAAGAGCACAAGCUCAGGGAAGCUCUCGAAGAAGCAUCUGAAGAUGGUUCACUCGUUAAAUCCCAAGGCAUGGACUCUGAAUCAGUCGCCAAUCAAGAUGAGGGUUUGGGGCGGUCUCGAUCUCUCGCAAGGCUCCACGCUCAGAAGGAAUUCCUCAGAGCCACUGCCCUUGCGACGGACCGGACGUUCGAAUCAGAGGAGUCCAUCCCUGACCUCCACGAGUCAUUCUCAAAGUUCCUCACUAUGUACCCGAAAUACCAGAGCUCCGAGAAGAUCGAUCAGCUGAGGUCGGACGAGUAUGCACACCUAUCGGGUUCAAUACCUAAGGUAUGUCUUGACUACUGUGGAUUUGGGCUGUUUUCUUUCCUUCAGAGCGUUCAUUAUUGGGAGUCAUCUACAUUUAGCUUGUCUGAGAUAACUGCAAAUUUGAGUAAUCAUGCUUUAUAUGGAGGUGCUGAGAAAGGCACAGUGGAACAUGAUAUAAAAACUAGGAUAAUGGAUUAUCUGAACAUCCCUGAGAAUGAGUAUGGCCUUGUUUUUACUGUGAGUAGAGGGUCAGCUUUCAAAUUGCUAGCUGAAUCCUACCCUUUCCAUACAAACAAAAGGUUGUUAACCAUGUUUGAUCAUGAGAGCCAGUCUGUGAAUUGGAUGGCUCAGGGUGCCAAGGAGAAAGGGGCAAAAGUCUGCAGUGCAUGGUUUAAAUGGCCAACCCUCAAACUUUGCUCGACCGAUCUGAGAAAGCAAAUCUCGAGCAAAAAGAGGAGGAAGAAGGACUCUGCUGUCGGUCUUUUUGUGUUCCCAGUUCAGUCUAGAGUUACUGGUGCCAAGUAUUCUUACCAGUGGAUGGCACUGGCUCAACAGAACAAUUGGCAUGUCUUGCUUGACGCUGGAUCACUGGGUCCUAAAGACAUGGAUUCGCUUGGGUUAUCUCUAUUCCGUCCAGAUUUCAUUAUAACAUCGUUUUACAGGGUUUUUGGGUAUGACCCAACUGGUUUUGGGUGCCUACUCAUUAAAAAGUCUGUGAUGGCAAGCCUUCAAAAUCAAUCUGGGCAUGCAGGUCCUGGUAUAGUGAAAAUCACCCCUGUUUUUCCUCUGUACCUGAGUGAUUCUAUUGAUGGUAUUUCUGGAUUUGCUGGAAUUGAAGAUGAUGAAGUUGAUGGGAAUGGUGAAGUCGCGUCUGAAACUCGGCCAGGAGCACAAUUUCCUGCAUUUUCUGGUGCAUAUACUUCUGCUCAGGUGAGGGAUGUAUUUGAGACAGAGAUGGAUCAUGAUAACAGCUCUGAUAGAGAUGGGGCAAGCACCAUAAUUGAAGAAACUGAAAGUGUAUCAGUUGGGGAGAUGAUGAAGAGUCCAGUUUUCAGUGAAGAUGAGUCGUCGGACAACUCAUUAUGGAUUGACUUGGGUCAAAGCCCACUUGGGUCAGACAAUGCUGGUCAGUUGAACAAACAGAAGCUGGCAACUCCUUCACCGCCUUUGUGGUUUACUGGCCGGAAGAACAAGCGGUUCUCUCCAAAAGCAUCAGCUAAGAUAUCUAACAGUCCAAUCUAUGAUAAGGAGGUAAUAGGAUCUCAUGAGGACCACCAUGUGCAGUUAUUUGAUGAUGCUGUUCGAAUGGUGUCAAAGGAAUUGGGCCGCGUUAAAACAGUUCCUGAAGAAGCUCAGUACACAGAAACAAACCCCACUUCACAAAACAGUGGAAAGGGCUCAGACCAUCGGUAUGUACAGGAGAUCCAGGAGGAAUAUGUAGCCAGCAAACCGAGACCAGAGAAUGGCUCAACUUCUGAAAUUUGCAUGGAGGCAAAAGAGAGCGCCAUAAGACGAGAGACGGAGGGUGAGUUUAGGUUAUUGGGAAGGAGGGAAGGAAAUAGGUUUGCUGGUGGUAGAUUUUUUGGUAUAGAAGAGAUUGAACAGCCUGGAAGCAGGGGAAGAAGGGUGUCCUUUAGCAUGGAAGAAAACCAUAGAGCACGUCUGAGCCAUACUUCGGAGCUCGGAGAAUUAUCUGCCACAGGCCUGGAUGAUGAAGAUUACACGAGUGAUGGAGAAUAUGGUGACAGGCAAGACUCAGACAGGAGAGAACCUGAGAUAGCAUGCAGGCAUCUCGAUCAUAUAAAUAUGUUGGGUCUCAACAAGACCACUCUUCGAUUGCGGUUUUUGAUCAACUGGCUAGUGACCUCAUUACUGCAGUUGAGAUUACCUAGUUCAGAUGGAGACCAGACUGUGCCUCUUGUUCACAUCUAUGGCCCAAAGAUUAAAUAUGAAAGGGGUGCAGCAGUGGCUUUCAAUGUGAGAGACAGAAAUAAAGGACUAGUCAAUCCAGAAGUCGUUCAGAAGCUGGCUGAGUCAAAUGGUAUCUCUCUGGGAAUUGGAAUUCUUAGUCAUAUUCGUAUUCUAGAUAGUCUGAGACAGCAACAUGGCGCAUUGAAUCUUGAAGAUACUACCCUGUGCAGACCUAUGGAAAAUGGUCGCCAUGAUGGGAAAAGUGGCUUCGUUAGAGUUGAGGUUGUCACAGCAUCUCUUGGCUUUCUGACUAAUUUUCAUGAUGUUUAUAAGUUGUGGGCAUUUGUGGCAAAGUUUCUCAACCCAGACUUUGUUAAAGAGGUUGGCCUUUCAACCGUUGCAGAAGGUUCAGAAGCAUAAGGCUGGAAAGGUUGUGAUGCUUUAGUUUCUAGUUUGAAAGAAAAGUUGAUCUGAAGGAAUACAAUAUUGGAGUCAGAGCGACCUCAGUUGCAACAAGGAUUUAAGGUAUUGUUUCUGGGAGACUUUGCCACAAACGGGUGAAUUUGUUCAUUCAUGUUGUUUGUUGUUUGGAUUUUUCCUUUCACCUCCUGGGGUUCUUUGUAGAGUUAGCUUUAGAAAUUUGUAUCCACUCAAGAAGUCAUGAACUAGAAGCAUAUCAUUAAAUGGGCACGACUCCCUACUUCACAAUCUGUUAUCUCUAUAUCAAAUUGUUUUUUCCUGCUUUGUGUACAAAAUGCUGUUUAUUUUGGUUGGUUCAGGCUGUUAUACAAUUAAAUGACAUGGGCAAUUCCAAUUGAUGCUAUGAACUUUUUGUGCAA